UUAAGUCGCGUCUUUCAUCUAUCCGACGCGUCUUAUCGAUCUUUAAUUAAGGAUAAUUCUCACAAUUAUCAAUUCAUUCCUUCGAUAGAAGCAAAUACAGCGACGAUGGCGCCACGAGCAGAUUCGGCGGCAGCAAGGCCAAUUAAUAACGAUAUAGACAAUUACGACGUCGAUGACGAUCCGUUCGCUGAAUCGGGGAACGAAGCUCCCAAAAACGAUGCGCAAUCCAAGAAACGCAAAGACACCACCGGUCUAGGCAUUGACGAAGCCGUAGCCGUACAGAAGAAGGCUAGGGCUCCUAUUGUCAAACUAGAUGAGAGCAGACUAUUAUCUGAGAAGGGCAUACCGAGACUACGAAGAAAAGCGCGCGAUCUGAAAUUCAAGGGCAAAGGACAUGAGUUCUCAGAUGCUGCCAGACUCCUCUCAUUCUACCAAUUAUGGUUCGACGACCUGUUUCCCAAGGCAAAGUUCUUAGACGCUGCAGCUAUGGCGGAGAAGGCCGGCCACAAGAAGUAUAUGAGAAUGAAACGAAUGGAGUGGAUUGAUGAAGGAAAGCCCAAACCGGCGGGACAUGAUGGGGAUGACGAUAUUGACGGCCUCUUUGGCGAGCCUAGUGAACAGCCGGAGGAACGGUCCGCUGCAAUAUUUCCAGCUAGGAUUGCGCCAAUAUUCCAAAAUGCCGGAAGUGAGAGGCCGCAGACUCCGACACGAGAUGACGUGCCUGAUGAUGAGGAUAUGGGUGAUAUCUACAACGCUACCCCAGUAGCUUCAAAAGCGACGCAACCUGCGGGCACUUCUACGUUCGGAAAUGGUGGAACGAGUACAUCGUUAUUUGGAAAUGGCAAUGGUGGUGAGCCUGAUGAGGACGACCUCGACGCGCUAAUGGCUGAGGAAGAAGCUCAACGCACGAAACCUACAUCUCUCUUUGGCAAUGGCAGUACUGCGAACGCCAGUCGACCACGAGAUGAGCCGGAUGAAGAUGAUCUAGACGCAUUAAUGGCGGAGGCCGAAGCCCAGCAGGAACCUACAAACCGAAAUAGUAACACUGCCCCGAAACAGGCAGUGGCUGCAACGAAUCACGACGAGGAUGAUGAUUUGGAUGCGCUGAUGGCAGAAGCAGAGAAUCAAGACCAGGCAAAACAACCCGCUAAUUCGAAGCCAAAGGAAACUUCAGGUGCAUCUAAUGAUGUGGCAGACGCGGAUGCAGAGGAGGCAAUGGCCGAGAUGGACGGAUUAUGGUGAAGGUCAAGCUUGAUGAUGGCAAACGGUAUUAUGACGCAUGUAGCGGCGUUUAGGAGUUUUUGGUGCUAUUGCCAUCCAUAAGUGUUUGAUUGUAUUACCACCAUUUUGACGUCUGAAAUGGAUUACAUCCAUUAUAAUGUAGAGUUGAAAGGGCCUAGAGCUCUCGAACAGUGCUGAUGUAUUACUGAAGACGCUGACAGUAUGACGCAACUUAGGGGAUGGAAAACUUCCCACACAUCCAUACCACAAUUCUUCGAUCCAAUUUUAAGUCCAGUACAAAUUAGUACAUCCUCAUACACCAGACACGUCAGUCGAUAAACAUCGA